UAAAUAGAUCUGCUCAGCACACUCAGAUCACUCACUGUCCCACGUAAUAGACACACUUUGUUUGAAUGAGUUAAGAUUCAGUCAGAGUACUGAAGGAUGCUUUUAUUUCAUAAUUAGUUGAGGUACAAUGAAAUCCCAAGAAAACAGUGAAUCUAGGGGAAAUUCAGAACUUUUGUCUCCAGACUACUGGAACUUUCCCAAUCACCCCUUGUGUUCAGCGGGGUUCCGCCUCAUUAUACAGCCUUAUGGUCCUUAAACCAGCCGGUGUUGCGUUCACCCAUCAUUUCCCUCACUCCCUGACCCUUUCCACCUUCCCUCCUCCCCCUUCCACUCCUCCCCUUUCCCCCUUUCCGGGAGCCUCGUGCCCGGGCCUAGCUGGGCAGGGUGCUAGAGCUGAAGGGGCGGGACAGGCGCACUCUCCUCACCCUGCAGCCCACUGGAUAUAAGGCCCAAGACAAGCAGAGAUUCGGUCUAUACCAGGGUCAGGAGGAGCGAUGGUUACCCGGGAUCGAGCGGAAAAUAGGGACGGUUCGAAGAUGCUGAAGCCGCUGGUGGAGAAGCGGCGCCGGGACCGCAUUAACCGCAGCCUGGAGGAGCUGAGGCUGCUGCUGCUGGAGCGGACCCGGGACCAGAACCUCCGGAACCCGAAGCUGGAGAAAGCAGAGAUCCUGGAGUUCGCCGUGGGCUACUUGAGGGAGCGCAGCCGGGUGGAGCCCCCGGGGGCUCCCCGGCCCCCAGCCCAGGACGCCGAGGUGCUCGCCAGCUGCUACCUGUCCGGCUUCCGCGAGUGUCUGUUCCGCCUGGCGGCCUUCGCGCACGACGCCAGCCCCGCCGCCCGCGCCCAGCUCCUGUCCGCGCUGCACUGCUACCUGCGCCCCAAGCCGCCCCGGCCGGAGCCCGCAGACCCCAGGCCCCCAGCCCCGCACCCGCACCCGCACCCGCACCCGCUGCUGGACCCCGCCGCCCCGCCGCCCGGCCCUGCGCUGCACCAGCGCCCCCCUGUGCACCAGGGCCCCCCCAGCCCGCGCUGCUCCUGGUCCCCGUCCCCUUGCUCCCCCCGCGCCGGGGACCCCCGCACUCCGGCGCCCCUCACCGGACUGCUGCAGCCGCCGCCUCAGAGACAAGACGGGGCGCCCAAGGCCCCGCCGCCCCCGCCGCCCGCUUUCUGGAGACCUUGGCCCUGAGCUUUGGGGGGGGGGCUGGAGGCGGGGGCUGGGCUAGAGACUCCAGCCCGAGGGCAGCAGAGGGACCCGGGCGUGGGGGAGAGCAGGUGUUGCGGAGGGCGGUGGGGCGCGCGGGUGAGAUGUGGUCUAUAUUAGAGUAUCUAUAUAAAUAUAUAUUCCCUCGGUUCCUGUCCCACUUUCCCUGCCCGCUUUGCCAUUAGGAUUGUACCUUCUCUGUCCCCCAGCCCGGUCCCAAUCCUUCCCAAGUCCUUAGUGCAUGGAAUAAAGUGGUUAUGAAAUCCCCGUGUGUCCCCGAGCCAGGGGCCUGCCUUUAUAUCGGUGUCCACGCCCACCUUUCCUCCUUCUGUCUCCUCC